GUCCAAACGGACAGAAGCGUGCGUAUGCUUCUCUGACUGUUAACCAACGUUUAAGGGCUAUUUUCGGUAAACCGCUCAAAUGCUAUAAACCCUCUGCACAAAUUCACAGUCCAGUAGCCACCGAAAUAUUCCAACUCUCAUAUUUAUUCAUCUUCAGCCGAUGGCUGUCUUUCUCAGGCGACUGGCGAACGCCGCGUCGAUCUCUACCAGCGGCACGACAAAUUCCGGCUCAUAUAUCCGUUUCGGGGCCCUUGCUGCCGUUUCCGGUGCAAUCUCGUCGUAUUACUUCCUUUCCCCCCCAAAUUUGUCUUGUGGUAAUGUGAACUGGAUAAGUCCUGUAGAAGAAAAUACUCAGUUCACAUAUAAUGGAGAAUCAGGCUGUGGAGUUCGUCUCAUCCCCAAGCACAGCUGCCCUUUUAAAUGCUUACCAGUCAUGAGUGAAUGUAAUGGUGAAAAUUUAAUUGAAUUCCUUUCCCUAAAUCCUGAUAAAUGGAUUGAAUUCAAACUCCAAGACAAAGUGCAGGCCAGUCACAAUUCUCAAUUAUUCAGGUUUUCGUUUGAUCCCGACGAGAAGUUAGGUCUUGAUGUUGCAUCCUGCAUAAUUACAAGGGCUCCAAAUGGGCAAAAUGCUGAGGGGAAAACCAAAUAUGUAAUUCGCCCUUAUACACCUAUAUCAGAUCCAGAUGCUAAGGGACAUUUUGACUUGCUAAUCAAGGUAUACCCGGAAGGUAAAAUGAGUCAGCAUUUCGCUAGCUUAAAACCAGGAGAUGUCGUUGAAGUGAAAGGGCCCAUCGAAAAACUCAGAUACAGUCCAAACAUGAAGAAACAUAUUGGCAUGAUUGCAGGGGGGACUGGAAUUACACCAAUGCUUCAGAUAAUAGAUGCCAUCCUUAAGAACCCCGAUGACCAUACACAGGUAUCCCUGCUUUAUGCUAAUGUAUCGCCUGAUGACAUUCUUCUUAAAAAGAAACUCGAUGUUCUGUCCGCCAGCAAUCCAAACUUGAAGAUAUUUUACACUGUUGAUAAUCCAACAAAAGAUUGGCUGGGAGGUAAGGGUUACAUAUCGAAGGACAUGGUACUCAAAGGCUUGCCCAGCCCCAGUGACGAUACACUUAUUCUUGUUUGUGGGCCGCCUGGAAUGAUGACUCAUAUAUCUGGUGAUAAGGCUAAGGAUCGAUCACAAGGAGAGCUUGCUGGAUUACUCAAAGAACUUGGAUACACAGAAGACAUGGUAUAUGAAAGCCGCGUGAAGUGGAUUCAUUGUGGAGCAGCAAAUGUUUGGAAACUCAAGUUUGGAUAUAAUGGAUGGCAAAAGCUGUUAUUAUCUCCACUUCCUAUACUAAAACCUUUGCUCCCACUUUUCUGUUCAAGUUUCGGGAAUGAUUGA